ACAGUAGUUGAUUGUAGUCUGAGCAAGGCCACUAGACAUACCAAGCACAUAUACUAAGCCAGGAUACAAUAUGAUGUAAUAAGCCAUCAUUAAUCCCACAGGGGGGGAAGUUUGCUUUGUAACAGCAGCAAAAGGGGAUAGUGCAAACAUUUGACAAAUAUCAGUAAAAAAAAAUCAAAAUAAGCAACAAAUAUACUUAUGUACUGGUUCUUCUAUACGUGGGUGUUCAGACUGUACAAAUUCCUCCAGAUGUGGGAAUAAUAUUGCUCAUAUAAAUGGUUGGAUGGCUGCAUGUGCGAAUGAAUGUCGGUAACCCCAGUAAGCACUUUAAGUUCAAACACUUUACACUGCACAAACAAAAACACAAACAUAUAACUUAUCAAUUCAGCCAAACGCUUAUUUAGGCUUUGUUGAAGUACUUAAGUUCUAUUUGUAGGGUGUGCAUUUAGCUAUCUUUUGCUAGUUUGCUAAGAUGUACUAAUCUUUUCUCUUUCUUAUCGGUGCUACUGUAUCUGGCUGGCUUCCGGCAAAAGGCCUCAGGGGAGCAGCAGGGUUUUAUACCAGAGCCGCAAUCAGGUCAUACCAAGUGCGUGCCAAUUCAAGGGGUGGACUCGAUUUAUUUGAUUUAAAUAUUACUUCAUUUAGUUGAUUCGUGUUGGGUAAUUGAAUAUAUUUUGGGCUUGUUUACUGUCAUUCUUCUGAUUACGUAGACCAGUUGUACUGUUUUGUGCUUUUUGUUGUUAGUUCAGGUGUAGGUGUUUUAUGUUUCCCCUAUUGUGUGUAACUGCUCUGAUCAGCCAUAGUAUAUAUCCUCUGUUCAGUGCUAUUCAGGUCUGCUAUGAGUUCCUUUCAUCAGAGCAGUUGGUGCUGGGUUAUCUUGUUUCUUAAUUUCUGUUCUUUUGACCUCUUUUAUGGGCUGGACUUUGGAAUUGUUUUUGUAACUUUGCCAUUUUUUGGGUAAUACAAAGUCAUCUGCGAGUCCUCGUGCUUUGCAGUUCAAUUCCUCAUAAAUUGCAUUACACAGAUUCUGUCAUGAGUAGAAAUACUCAGAUAAUAUUGCAUAGAUUUGUCCAAAAGUAGAAAAAUAUUGGUAGUGCACAGAUUCUAGCAUAUGUAGAAAAAAUGAUAUUAUUGUUUGAAAUAUUCAUAUAGUAUACAUAUUGGGGGGGAAAAAUACUGUAAUGCUGCCUAUAAUCACAUUAAACAACAGCAAGCAUCCUUUAAUUACAAUUAUUCACCAGGUUUGAUCCAGAGGUAAGCAGCUGUUUAUAAAUCGGGCCAAACAGCUUUAACAUGAGACUUUCAGGCACCUGAACUCACCACAGCAGAACAACAUAUUCAACUAUUUCAUGCAAACAACACAUUAUCUCACCAAACUAUGCAGUUUGUGCGCCAACCCCCUUUUUUUAAAUGGGUAGUUUGUUCUGGUUUGAGAAUGUCGACUCUUAAAGAGACAGGCUGAGGGCUGAGUCAUGCGCAGCUGCACGCAGGCGGCCUGUCGCUUUAAAACCUCAUGACAGUUCAGUGGCGCUGGUGAAAGUGGGGUAUGUGAGUGAGUGUGCUGUGCGGGGCUUGAGCAUUCUCGUACCCCGCCGUCGACCUUUGGAUCUUCGGCCCCCGGGGCGGGUAGGCAGCUCCGGCGUCCACAGAGGCAAUUGGCUGCGCUCUUUUCUUCUGUCUGCAGCUUCUUCCUCCACCGAACACAGCAGGCAGAGCGCGCGCGCACACACACACACACACACACACACGGCCUGUUUUUUGUUUUUUUUACGCGCAGUUCAUGUGGCACGAGUGUGCGCAAUGCUGCCGGAGCCCAAAGUCCCCGGUCCGCGGCGCAUUCCCUUAUCGGCAUGUUUGAAGAUUAACGAGGCUGUCGGUGUCCUGUAGACCACGAGCUGCUACAAGGUGGAAGCUGCCGACGAGAAACAAGCUGCGUCAAGGAAGGAAGCCAUCCCCCCUUAAAAGUGUAGCUGCAGCGGACGACGACUGGUGCCAUGACGGAGAAACGGAUGUCCCGGUGGUAUUUCGGUGGGCUGGCGUCCUGCGGAGCCGCCUGCUGCACGCAUCCUCUGGAUCUCAUCAAGGUGCACUUGCAGACACAGCAGGAGGUGCAGAAGAGGAUGGUGGGGAUGGCCAUCCACGUGAUGAAGAACGACGGUGUGUUGGCUCUUUACAACGGUCUCUCUGCUUCCCUGUGCAGACAGAUGUCCUAUUCGCUCACCAGAUUCGCCAUCUAUGAGACGGUGAGGGACAUGAUGGGCAGCACAAACAAGGGCCCGAUGCCCUUUUACCAGAAGGUACUGCUGGGAGCCUUCGGAGGUUUCACCGGCGGGUUCGUUGGCACACCGGCAGACAUGGUGAACGUCAGGAUGCAGAAUGACAUGAAACUACCACCAGAACUGAGGAGAAACUACAAACAUGCCUUUGAUGGACUGUUCAGAGUCUUCAGAGAAGAGGGUUUAAGGAAACUGUUCUCAGGAGCCUCCAUGGCCUCCAGCAGAGGAGCAAUGGUCACUGUGGGGCAGUUGGCAUGCUACGACCAGGCCAAGCAGCUGGUGUUAGGAACCGGCAUGAUGGGAGACAACAUCCUCACACACUUUCUUUCCAGCUUCAUUGCCGGCGGCUGCGCUACCUUCCUGUGUCAGCCUUUGGAUGUAAUGAAGACGAGGCUGAUGAACUCAAAAGGAGAGUACACGGGGGUGACACAUUGCUUACGAGAAACUGCCAGGCUGGGUCCGAUGGCAUUUUAUAAGGGUCUAGUUCCUGCAGGGAUCCGUCUGGUUCCCCAAACAGUGCUCACCUUCAUCUUCCUCGAGCAACUCAAGAAACACUUCGGCAUUCGCAUCAUCUCCUGAGCGCGCUCAGUGACCGGCUGCUUUUAAGCUCCACCUGCCCGCCCAAACGCUGCCACUGCCGAUCGCAACCACCCACCGUCAUCACUCUGCUCUGCAACAAAAGAAGGGAAGACAGGAAGACGUGUGCAGUUUAUUACCGGCUCACGCACGCUUUCCUUCUCCUUUUGCUCUACCUCUUUCUCACAACUGAAAGUUUUUCGAUCAUCGGGAGUGUCAACAUUUGGAAGGGAUUUAAGAAAGGAAUUACUGAAAGUAAAGGGGCUCUAAUGGGAUUGUUAGAUGUCCGUGGUAAUUUCUGGUACAGAUUAGUACGUGGCAGAGUGAGACAGACUGAGAUUAAUUGUUAAUUUUGAGUUAAGGACUCCCCAGCAAUUCAUCUGCAACGCUGAUGACUGACUAAACGUUGACUUUAACUCAUUCCAAAUGAGAUUUUGUGAUUUAUGUUUUUAUCUUAGUGUAAGCUCAGUCCACAAGUGGUGCCUUCAGAGCACACCAGUCCAAAAACAAAUGCAGAAUAAAUGUGUUUUCUGUCGUCCUUUACAACACUUUCUUGUUGUUAUAUUAGGCCAUUAGGGUAGUGCUUAUGAUCUAGCAGAAGUAGAAAGUUUUAUAGUAAAGUUGUGAACGAACACAGCUUAGCCUUAUCAUCAGUGCCAUUUUGACCGACCCGUAAUAUUUCCCGAAAACUAAACCAUGACUGAACAAGUUCUGUUGUAAUUGCAUAGAAAUCAUUCCCACCAGUAGUGACCAAACGCGUUACGGUGUCAGUGUUGAUUUAUUUGUUUGCUUUCUCGUCGCUUGAUUAAUCCUGUUGAACUGGAAAAUCGACUGCUAACGUGUUAAAAUUUCAUUAAUUUGUACCUGAUGCUCCUUUUUAUUUCAUUCCACUGUCAUCAUUUCACUCUCAAAUCAGGAAGAGAAGAGGACCAAGCUUGUGUUUGUGUCUUGUCUUUUAAAAGAAUAAAAAGUCGAGAGUUAGAGGAGAAACUGUGAAACGGAGAAAAGGGGUUGUUGGAAAUCCUGAUGAAGGCAAAGGCUUUUUGCAAAAAUGACCACUUCAUCUCUUAAAGUUUUUUUUAAUUUUUAUUUUUAUUUUUAUUUUUUUAGAGAUGUGAAGCCUGUGGAGAACUGCUGCACAGCGUGCAUGUAGCAUUUCCAUCUGUAACAUCACUGUCCGGUCUAACUGAAUGCAUGUCAAGACUUUACGACUCAGGAUGCUCCUCUGUUUUAUAAGGCACUUUAUUUAAAAACCCUCGAUUCAUACUGACUAACCUGCUGCGUAGAAACACAUGCUGUAUGUUAAAACGUGUUCUGAAAGGAACAGUGUUUUUGUUUUUAAUGGUUCCAGUUGGGGGGGAUUGUUGCUGUUGUCCUAUAUGAUAAGUUUGGCUUUGGUUCAGUGAAAUUCUGGAUUUUCUGUGCUGUGCCUGCUCUGUUUACAGAGACCUUGUAAAGUAUUGUUGCCUUACAGUGUGUGUCCUGCAGGGGGCAGGAUAGUAACGUGUGAGGUAUCCUGUGUUAUGCAUCAUAAUAAACCCUGCACCUUCAUCCCAGGAGGAAUAUGAAUAAUAAUGAAAAAGCUGGAGGGACAGUUAUGUGUUAGUGAAACCGCAUUUUGUAGAUCCUUAACUAAUGACUUUGGAAUUAAAAUACUAAUUGAAAAUAA